AUGUCUGCUACUACUGCAAAGAGAAGGCUGGCAGCUCUGAGCGAGCAACUGGUAAACCCAGUUGGAGACCAAGGCACAUAUGAAGGUAUCCCAAAGCUCAAGAAGAUAGCACCCGACUCUGCCGGACCCAGGAUCCAAGGCAAAGUCGUCAUUGUGACAGGGACAAACUCUCCUCUCGGGAUCGGUCGCGCAUCAGCACAUCAGUUCGCCCAGAAUGGCGCAAAGGCGGUCUAUAUAUGCGACUUCAGCGACUCGCAUCUAGAGACACAUAAGCGUGAGAUUGUGUCAUUAUACCCGAAUGUCGACAUCCACGUCCGGAUGUUCGAUGCCGCAGACGAGGACGCUGUGAAGUCUGUUGUAGACGAGGCGGUGUUGACCUAUGGACGCUUGGAUAUCUUCUUUGCGAAUGCUGGCAUUGUCGGACAACCAAAGAUGUUUACGGAUAUUUCUUCGGAUGAGUUUAUGCAUACGUUAAAGACAAAUGUUGUUAGCGUGCACCUCGCAGCGAAGUACUCAGCGCCUGCGAUGAUGUUAACGUCGGAAGAAAAGAAGUACCCGGGAGGUAGCAUAGUCGUCACUGCCUCCGUGGCAGGUCUCCGAUCCAAUGCAGGCUCUACCGACUACUCUGCCUCGAAAUCUGCUGUGGUAUCAGUCGCCCAAACGAUCUCGUAUCAGCUGGCUGGCACAGGCAUUAGGAUCAAUGCUAUAUGCCCUGGCGUGAUCGAAACCGGUAUGACAGCCAUUAUGUACGAAGCUGCUAGGGCGAAGGGGACAGAGAAGAAGAUCGGUCAGUUGAACCCACUGCGGAGAGGAGCACAUGCCGAUGAGGUUGCAAGGGUAGCAUUGUUCUUGGGCAGUGACGAGAGCAGUUAUGUUAAUGGUCAGGCCUGGGCGGUCGAUGGGGGAUUGAGCGCAGGGCACCCAUUUGUGCCCGGAAAAUUGGCGUGA